AACGCGGUUUCGCGCAACUUCAGUUUCCACUAAAAAUCAAAAUCUGGACGACACUCUCUCUCUCACCCAAAUCCGCCGCGCACACACACCGUAACCGACACCAAUGUCUUCUCCGGCGACUCUCCCCGUCACCAACCAGCAAGCCACACAACCCCAACCCCAGCCACCAAUCAACACCCACGCCUUCCGCACAUUCCUCUCCCGCCUCUCCUCCUCCCUCCGCGACGGCCUCUCCCAGCGCCGCCCCUGGCUGGAGCUCGCGGAUCGGAGCUCCUUCGCCAGACCCGACUCUCUAACCGACUCCAUCUCCCGGAUCCGCAAGAACCUCGCCUACUUCAAGGUCAACUACGCCGCGAUCGUCUCCCUGGUCCUCGCCUUCUCCCUCCUCUCCCACCCUUUCUCGCUCCUCGUCCUCCUCUCCCUCCUCGGCGCGUGGAUGUUCCUCUACCUCUUCAGAUCCUCCGAUCAGCCGCUGGUUAUCUUCGGGCGCGGGUUCUCGGAUCGGGAGACGCUGCUCGGGCUCGUCGUGGCGACGGUCGUGGUUGUGUUUAUGACGAGCGUUGGAUCUCUGUUGACUUCCGCGUUGACUGUUGGAGUGGCGGUUGUUUGCUUGCACGGGGCGUUUAGGGUUCCGGAUGAUUUGUUUCUGGAUGAGCAGGAGCCUGCUGCUAAUGCUGGCUUGCUCUCGUUUAUUGGUAACUCCGCUGCUACUUCUGCUGCUGCUUCUGUUGUCGCGGGACGAGUUUGAGAGGAGUGGUGGAUUCUUCUUUAUUCAUAGUUUGUUAUGUGUUUUGAGUAUAGAUUCGAUAUGAGAAAAAAAAAACUAUGUAAGAUUACGAGAUCUAAAGACGCACUCGGUUUAAGAUCAUGUUUUACCUUAAAAUCAGUUGUUGUCAUCAUCA